GUGUCUCCCUCCCGUGUCUGUCGGGGUCUCUCUGCCUGUGUCUCUGUGUCUCUGUGUGUCUCUGUGUGUCUCUGUGUGUCUCUGAGUCUCUGUGUGUCUCUGUGUGUCUCUGUGUGUCUGUGUGUGUCUGUGUCUCUGUGUGUCUCUGUGUGUCUCUGUGUCUCUGUGUGUCUCUGUGUCUCUGUGUGUCUCUGUCUGUGUCUCUGUGUGUCUCUGUGUGUCUCUGUGUGUCUCUGUCUGUGUCUCUGUGUGUCUCUGUGUGUCUCUGUGUGUCUCUGUGUGUCUCUGUGUCUCUGCGUGUCUCGCCGUCGUCUCGCGGUCUCCACUCUCAGCAUGGGCAGCUUCCAGCUUAUGCUUCUGCUCGCAUUCAUGUCGCUCGACCACGUGACCCCGUGGACUUUUCACUUCUCCAACUUGACCCUGCAAUGGUCGGACGCCCUCAAGUUCUGCCGCCGGAGGCAUCGGGACCUGGCGUUCGUCGCCGACUCGACCCUCAAUCGCCUCCUCGCGUCCACCCUGCCCACGGACCGAGGCUACUUCUGGAUCGGCCUGAGGAGGAGCCCUGACGGGAAGGAGGGCGAAGAGGUGGAUAGGGAUGGAGGUGGUGGUGGUGGUGGUGGUGGAGGAGGAGGAGGUGGAGGGUCGUGGAAGUGGCUCAAUGGAACGUCAGAGGCCACGUACCUCAACUGGGCUCCCGGGGAGCCGAACAAUCGCAAGAGCAACGAAGACUGCGUGGAGAUGUACGUGAAGGCCGGCAGGAGCGGCGGGGGAGGUGAGGCAGGUGGAGGAGCAGCUGAUGAUGAUCGUGACGACGAUGGUGAUGAUGGAGAUGGUGGAGGUGAUGGUGGUGUAGAGGAUCCGGCACACGGGCGUUGGAACGAUGAAUCUUGUCGCAAGAGGAAGAGGGCUCUUUGCUUCAGAGACUCCUGCGAGCCCGGGGCGUGCUCCGGGCAGGGCGACUGCGUGGAGGUCUUCCAGGGCCGCCGCUGUGCAUGCUGGGAGGGCUACGAUGGAGAGGCCUGCGAGAAAAUGGCCGCACCUUGGACUAGUGCUGCCCCCUCAUCUGUGCCUUGUCUACUGGAGGCUUCCCAACGUGACCAGCAGCAGGCAGCAGCAGCAUCAGCAGCAGUAGCAUCAGCAGCAGCCACGGGACAUGAGUCGGCCCCCAACGCCGUCACCGCUGGGUUCAAUCCCUAGCCCGUGUCAGAGACACUGAGACCCUGGGUUCGAGCCCUGGGUCUGGGUGUCUCUCUCUCAGUGGGUUCACAAUGGCCGUGUCAGAGACACUGAGAGCCUGGGUUCGAGCCCUGGGUCUGGGUGUCUCUCUCUGUGGGUUCACGAUAGCCGUGUCAGAGACACUGAGACCCUGGGUUCGAGCCCUGGGUCUGGAUGUCUCUCUCUGAGUGGGUUCACGAUAGCCGUGUCAGAGACACAGAGACCCUGGGUUCGAGCCCUGGGUCUGGUUGUCUCUAUUUGCUGUCCAUGCCUCUCAAUGUGUGGGACGCCCUCACUCGCAGCGUUCCCAAGUGAACACGGCUGCCCACGGAGUCGAUAUCGUUGCGUGUUUUUGAUUUAAAUAAAAAUAAAAAGAGACAACAAUCCAA